AUGUGGAGUAAAUUAACAUCUCAUAUUGGAUUAUGGUUGGCGCAUAUGGACCGUGAUCAUGAUGACACUCGAAAAGCACAACUUCGAGAGAGUUGUUCAUUAUCAGUUCUUAAUCAGCGACAUUUAUCAAUUGUAAGAAAUUCUAAAAGUUCCGAUAAUUUGCACCGUGUUGUAUUACAUGUCACUCCACCUACAACUCGAAAACCUACCAUAUUUUUUAAUCUAAGAAAAUCAAGAAAACGUGAAAAAUGUAGUAAAAAAGAUGAACAAGCAAACGAGAAUGACAGUGAUAAGGGAAAAUUUUGUGGUAAUACUUCUGGUAUUUAUAAGAAGCAUCCUGAUAAGAUACAAAUCAGGAAUGAUAAGAAAUCACCAUUACCAGCUGUUUUAUCCAAUCUAAAAAAUGAUGAUAUGGCACAAUCAUGGCAAUCGUCUAAUUUAAGUUCAUCAAAAAGUUUGUUUAAUUUAUUUCGAACAACACGAUCACGUUCGGGCAUCAAUAAUUGCAUUGUAUCAGCUUAUCCAGAUCCUUGUUGUUCAUCAUCUGCUUCCGAUCCGAGAUCUACGUUAAGUUCAAUGGAAGAAAAGCGUAGCUCAUCAAUUAUUCGUCGACGAAGGCCACGAUCAGCGCACUUGGAUCCGAAUACUUUAGUCUUUCCGCCCAGAGAAAUGCCGGUGCAAGAUAUUAGCGAACUUUAUAGGCGAAUUGAGAAAUUAGGUGAAGGUAGCUAUGCUGUUGUUUACAAAUGUGAAAGUCGAAGUGAUGGAAGUAUUGUUGCACUGAAAGAAAUUAAAAUUCAUAAUCAAGAAGGAUUACCAUUCACUGCCAUACGAGAAGCAUCAUUAUUGCGUGCUUUGCGACAUUCCAAUAUUGUCACAUUACAUGACAUUGUGCAUGAACAAAAUUCAUUGGUUUUUGUUUUUGAAUAUAUGAAAACAGAUUUGAGCAAAUAUUUGGAACAGCAUAGAACUGGCUUAGAGCAGAUGCAAGUUCGAUUAUUUUUAUUUCAAUUACUUCGCGGUCUUGCAUUUUGCCAUUCUAAGAAAAUUUUACAUCGAGAUUUAAAACCACAAAAUUUAUUAUUAAAUGGUAAUGGUGAAUUGAAAUUAGCUGACUUUGGCUUAGCUCGAGCAAAAUCAGUACCAAGUCGAACUUAUUCACAUGAAGUGGUAACAUUAUGGUAUCGACCACCAGAUGUAUUACUCGGCUCAACGGACUAUUCGACAUCACUCGAUUUAUGGGGUGUUGGAUGUAUAUUCGCUGAAAUGUGUACCGGUGAAGCUCUUUUUCAGGGUGUCACAAAUAAUGUCACCGAUCAAUUAGAUCGAAUAUUUAGUAUUAGAGGUAUUCCUGAUCCGAAAAAAUGGCCUGAAGUACUUAAAUUACCACAUUAUUCACCAAAUUUUCAUCCACCAUAUCAAGAAUUAGAUUGGAGUGAAAUAGAUAAAUCAUUGGUGAAAUUAAAAAGUGGCCAAUCAUUAUUAUCAAAUUUUUUACAAUUAAAUCCAACAGAUCGUAUAUCAGCAAAUGGUGCAAUGAUGCAUCCAUAUUUUGGUUGCUUUCCAUCAAGCAUUCAUCUUUUGCCACCGACUGCUUCAAUUUAUUCAUUACCAAAAAUACGUUCCCUUCAAUAUUCAUUUCUUACCUUUUAA